AAGCAUAGCAUUUUAGUGCAUUUACGUGAACGCAAGGAUAUGGAUGAAUGCGUAAAUUAUUGUGCACAGUUUGGGAAAGUAAUAAAUGUGUUUCAUUAUGUAACAAGUAUUCAAAAUCCACAUUUAUUGUUAGUGGAAUACAAUCAUUUGAAUGCAGUACAUAAUGUGAUGAACAAUGCUACAUCUGUGGGAGGCCCUGAGUGUAUUCCAGUCAUAACAAAAGUGUUCAGGUUUAACCCAAAAACAAAAACAUUGAACAAUGGACAAUUCAAACAUGAGCCUAUCAACAUGUAUAGCAAUAAAUAUCCCACGCAAGUCACGAUCAAAGAAUCACUAUCCAAAACAACAUCUGUAGCUGAUCAGAUGAUAAAACUCCAGCAUUUGCUACAACUUCAUGAUUGUGACGUAAGACUGAGGUUUUAUACUGCUUCUCAAUUACAGUUAUGUUUCUCAAGGUUAUUUCCAACCCUUUCUGUUUUACCAUUUGGUUCGUCUGUAACUGGUUUCGGACUGUUAAAAUGUGACCUCGACUUGGUCUGUACAUUCUCUAGCACACAUAACACACAUGAUUCUGUGUCCAAACAAAAUUUAAUGUAUUAUUACAAACAGUAUUCGUACACCGAAAGAGGGGAACAACAACAAUUUCUAAAACUAUUAGCAUACAUUGCAAGCAAAUUCAUUCCAGGAAUUUCUAAUACACAAUGCAUUCUGGAAGCUCGUGUUCCCAUAAUUAAGUUUCAUAACAGACUUACACACUUAUAUUGUGAUCUUAGUAGCACUCACUUGACUGCGUUCCACAUGUCCGAAAUACUGUUCACUUACGGACAAUUCGAUCCGAGGGUGAAACCACUAGUAUACACAAUUCGAACAUGGGCGAAAUCGCAGAAACUAACAAAUGAUUCUCCUGGAAGAUGGAUAUCAAAUUUUUCCUUGACAUUGAUGAUAAUAUUUUAUUUACAAUCAAAAAAGAUCUUGCCUCCGAUGAAGAAAUUAUUUUCGCAGAAAGUAAAUGGAACUCUUAAGCAAAUCACUACUUCAAAAAUCGAUCUAUCUACAAAGUCGUACACAUUGUAUGAACUUUUAUGUGAUUUCUUCGAGUACUACAUAAUUUUCGAUUUUAAAAUCUAUGGAUUAUGCAUUCUGGACGGUGUAAUGAAAAGAAAGCUAGACGCGUCUCCCGUGUAUAUUUUUAAUCCCUUAGAACCAAUGUUGAACGUCAGUAAAAACAUUACGACCACCGAACUCUUCAACAUUAAAACGCAAAUGCAAGAAGCGAUACUUGCAAUGAAAAAGGACAAGCUGUUUAAUAUUUUAUACUUAUUAAAUAUGAGUCCGAAUGACGAAGGUAGAGAUCAAAAAAAUGUUACAAGCUCGAACGUGGCAACAACCUCCAUCACAAGUUAUAAAUCUGUUUCUACAAAUAGGGAAUGCGAUGAGCGAGAGAAUAGUAUAAACAACGUCGCGCCGGGAGAACAGUCUAAAUCUGCCGCGGAAGAAUUUUUGAUCGAAACAGGCAUUGUGGACGACACUAAUAAAUUGGAUGAGAUAAUAAAAUAGUGAUGAAUAAAACCAGUAUA